CUCAGGCUUCUGCAAGGGCAGCUAAGCGGGACCUACAGCUCAUGUGUCGGAUGGAUUCAUUCCAGUUGCUCUCACUAGCUGCCACAGCAGAUUUGCCUCUGUGCAACAGGGAGCUGCAGCUGAACCUCCUCUGUGCAUGAAAACACUCUGCAAACAUGGCUGGUAAAAUCCAGAGUCUGACUGAGGAGGAGAGGGCCCACCUACUCCCCCUGCUACGCAACGCUCAGUGGGUGGAGGUUGUGGGACGGGAUGCCAUUUACAAAGAGUUUAUUUUUAAAGACUUUAACCAGGCUUUUGGUUUCAUGUCCAGAGUGGCUUUACAAGCAGAGAAGAUGGAUCAUCAUCCUGAGUGGUUCAAUGUCUAUAAUAAGGUCCAGAUCACUCUCAGCACACAUGAGUGUGCAGGACUGUCCCAGCGAGACAUCACUUUGGCCACCUUCGUUGACCAGGCGUCAAUGAUGUGAGCAACACAUUAUCAGUCAUUUCAGCAGUGGAACUGAAAGUGACAGUUCUUCAUAUGUCACUUUCACUGAGAAAUCUGAGAAUCUGAGAUGUGUCUGCAAAUCCAAAGAAUAUGAACCAGUUACUUUCAAUGAACUGUGAAACAUGUAGCUGUAGAUGUUAGAUUGCAAAGGGUCCAAUGUGUUUCUAAAAAUGUGCUGUUGUUGGGUUUACACUUGGUGAAUAAAUGAGAUUAUCAGACAAAGUAAAUGGCAAAAAUGUUUACACAUUAAAGUCAUUUCUCAGCAAACAUUCCAGAUAAUAUUCACAACAAUCCCUCUGUCACAACUAGUGUCUUCUGUGCCAAUGUUUUUGUACUUUUCUGUUAUUAAAUGUUAUUUUCUGCCA